GAUUCCGGUCCGACUGUAGGCAGCACGGACUACACAACUAUCGUUAUUGUCCACGGGAUGACGUGGCGCGGAGGUGAGAUCCCCAAGCUGUUUCCUAUAUCGGCGCGAUACAACGCCCGUACAAUCGCACUCAUUCGGCGUGGGUACCCAUGA